AUGCGCGUCUUUUCGGAGGAACUCAGGGAGGAGGAGCUGAUUGACAAUUUGAGAGAUGAUUUGCUGCAAGAAACUGAUUUGGCAGAGGCCGUUGAGGCCCCCGAGGAUUCCAAGGAGUCCGAGGAGUCGCCUGCAGAUCUGGAUGACGAGGAGAUUACGGAUCUCUUCCAAGAAGAAAACACAUCGCAGCUGCUAAGUGCUGUUCAGGAGCGUGCGGCCCUGGUGGUGGGUGAAGCGGCUUUGGACACUGGGGAGCUCUCCUUAGCAGAGGACAUCAUUGCAAGGCUCCAGAGGGAGGAGUCCUCGGCUGCGGCGGCGGAGCUGUUGAUGGAGAAGGCCGUGUGCAUCUCCCGCUCCGACUGUGCACCUUUUCGGAAGACGUUUGGACAGCUGGAGGAGUUGCUGUUGUUGGUCCAACAGGAUGUCAAUAUGACACCCUGGACCGCCGACCGUUGGAACCGCCUCAUCCUGUCUGUUGGACGAGAGCAAGAACUUUGUCACGUGGAACGGGUCUUUGACUUUAUGCAGCAAUUCCAGGUGAAAGGAGACAAGGAGACGGAUGCAGCUGUAGCUCAGCUGGCAGUGACCUCUCUGGAGGUGGUGCAGCAGGUUGAAGCCGCUGCCACAACUUCCAGAGGCGCAUCCAAGGAACAGCAGCCAUCCUUGAGGUGCUCCUGCUUGGCAGCAACGGAAUGCGAACCCCUGGCCGGGCUUCCUCAGAGGGAGGAUUACUUUCCACUAGGUCGCAGACAUUUUCCGGUUGCGCAGUUGCCCCCACUGAGCGCCAUGAAUGGAGCGAGCCCUCAAGGCUUUCCGUGUGAACGGAUACUGGUGAAGAAUCUGCCGCCCAAUUCCACUGAGGGCAGUGUCAGACAACUUUUUGGGACCUAUGCUGGGGUUGCAGGCAUACGGAUGUUGCCGCCAAUACCUGGCAAGCCUGGCUUGGCUGCAUACAUCACCUUCACGAACUUGGCUGAGGCCAAGUGGGUGGUGGAAAACAUGCACAACAAUCCAUUGCAGGGUUUGCCUGAGCCUCUGCAACUGAGCUAUGACAAUGUUGUCAAGGGCCAAACAAAAGGUGGCAAGGGCCCCUAUGACGGCCCAUGGCAGAAGACUAUCAUGUGCAGAUACGUCCAAAGCAAAGGAUCCUGCAGAAAUCAGGAUACAUGUCCCUAUGCCCACAGCGAGUGGGAACUGAAUGCUGCGAAAGGCAAAGGCAAAGGCUUUGAGAAAGGCUUCGAGAAGGGGUUUGAGAAGGGCUUCGAGCCUGGAUAUGGCCCUAUGAAAGGCGGCAUGCCAAAGGGACCCCCCGAGAUGGGCAUGGGCAAAGGUCCUAUGCCGGGGAAAGGACCAAUGGGCCCGAUGGGCCCGAUGGGCCCAAUGGGCCCAAUGGGCCCACCGGGACCGAUGGGCAAAGGACCUAUGUCCAUGGGCAAAGAUGGCAAAGAUGGCAAAGAUGGCAAAGGGGGCAAAGGACCCGGACCUGGAAGUGCAGGGUACAAGACCAGACUUUGUGCCUUUUGGCAGAAAGGCCAAUGUACUCGAGAGUCUUGCAACUUUGCACAUGGAGAGGAAGAAAUGAAGUGAAGACGCCAAGACGACUGGCCUGAGGUUCCACUGACCCUUCUGCCCCUAGUUUGAAACUCUUCUUGGCAUGUAACAACCGC